AUGCGUUUCUCCACACUCACUUCGGCUGCGGCCUUUUUCCAAUUGAGCAUAGCUGGCUAUGUUCUCGAGGAUGACUACAUGACCGACUUUUAUGGGUCGUUUGAUUUCUUCACUCAACCUGACCCAACAGAGGGCUUCGUCAAGUAUGUUGAUGAGGACACGGCAAGGCAGACUAAUCUCAUCAACGCGUCUGUCACUACUGGAGCAUCCUGGGGCGUAGAUCACGAGAACGAGUGCCCAGAGGGAAGGCCUAGUAUUCGCAUAGAAAGCAAGAAGAAGUACGACAGUGGUUUGAUUGUUGUUGAUGUCGCUCACAUGCCCUUUGGCUGUGGCACAUGGCCAGCAUUCUGGACAACCGGACCCAAUUGGCCCAAAAACGGCGAGAUUGACAUCAUUGAAGGUGUCAACGACCAAGUGAGCAACUCCAUGACUCUUCACACAGGUCCUGGCUGCACGAUUGGUUCCGACACCACCCAGUUUGCCGGCAAUGUAACCACAAAGAACUGCGAUGUCAAGGCAAAAGGUCAAAUGGACAACGCAGGAUGCUCCAUCGCAGACCGAUCGACCAAGAGCUACGGUGCAGGCUUGAAUGCGAACGGUGGAGGAGUCUACGCAACUCAGUGGACGUCUGAUGCCAUCAGUGUCUUCUUCUUCCCUCGCGGCUCUGUUCCGGAGGAUGUUCUUGGUGACAACCCAGACCCCAGCGGAUGGGGAAAGCCGUCCGCCAAGUUUGAAGGUGGUUGUGACAUUGAGAGCACGUUCAAGCAGCAACAAAUCGUCUUUGACACCACCUUUUGUGGUGUAUGGGCUGGCAGCAGCAGUGUCUGGGGAGCCAGCUCCUGCUCAAAGAAGGCUGCUACAUGCGAGGAGUGGGUACAGAACAACCCCGAGGCUUUCGCAGAAGCGUACUGGACAGUCAAUGCCUUGAAGGUCUACCAAGACAAUGGCGAGGCUCCUGCUCCAGUGCCUUCAUCAGCCCCUCAGCAGAGUAGCGCUGCUUAUCUGCCAGAACCUGUCCCAACCGAGACAGCGGCCGUGUCUUCUGCACUUGCUGGGCCAACUGGCUCUCCUGUCAUACCGACUUCGGCCAUCAAGCCAUCUGUAUCCAGUAUUGCCGUGCCAAUUCCCACCAGCGAGACUGUCUCCACCCCAGCCUCUGCCCCAAUUGCAACCCCUCCCGCCUAUGGGGCCCCUAGCGCUCCCAGUGCUCCCAGUGCUCCAAGCCCUCCAGUCGAGAGCCCUACCGCUUCCGAAAUCGCAGACGGCGAAAAGCCUGUUGCACCACCAACCCAGAUCGCAGCGCCAGCUCCAGGCCCAGCACCGACGGGCGCAGGUGGCAUGCCUGGUUUCCAAUGGCCUGUAGGUGCUGGUGGUUCCAACGACAAUGACACUACAACAACAUCGGCACCUGCAGUCUCACCUCCUCAAAACACUGGCACACCAACUCAAAACUCCAGUGAGGCCGCCACUGUCCCCAGCUCCACACAAGGCAGCCCUCAACUCUCAAGUCCUGCAGCCGCUCCCGAAGCGCCAGUACCCGCACCAGCCCCGACUAGUCCAGCCAUUGCGCCCGUAGCUGCCCCAGUCGUUCCCGUUGUCACAGACACUGUUCAAGCCGUCUACACCGUCUAUGAAACCGUUUACGCUACUGUAACUGCUAGUCCCACUGAAACACCUGCCCCCGCUGCUGCCCCUCCUGCUGCACGAAACGCGCGCAUGGCCAGGUUCCUCAGGGAGCACAGACAGAGAAUCACCAGGCACCACGCAAAGUUCUAG